AAAACAAUUUUUUUGGAGUAAAAAUAUCUUUCAAGUUAUAAAACUAAUUAUUAAAUAUUAUUAUUUACAAUAAAUAAUAAUAUUUAUAUUUGAAAACAAUUUAUUUAUAGGUAUUAAAAGAAAAUAUUUAUAAAUAAUAAAAUUGGCCACCAUUUUUAAUUUUUAAAAACUUGGUCGGUAAUGUUUACACAAAAAUAAUAAUAACAAUAAUAAUAAUAAUAUUGAUAAAUAAUUCUGGUGAAUUACAAUUUACAAUUAACAGGAAUUAAUUGUAAAUACAGUAAAAUUUUUAAUAGUGAGUAUUCUUGUCAUAAAAACAGACUGUGUUAUGUGACCAUUUAGGCUCAACUCAGUUGACUUCCAGAGUAACUACAGUGUAUCUCGACCAGUUGGCACUUUGGCAGUUGUCAUUGAUGUUAAAUAAUAACAAUAGUCAUAAAUAAACUAGAGAAAAAAAAACAUUGAUAUCUGGAGUGUGAAUAAAAAAAUAAAAAAAGAGCAAAUAAGUACUUGAAAAUAACGAAAAUUGUUUAAUUUCCAAUGCUGAUCAGACCUGGUGGACUGGAUAAAGACACCAGUCGGCAAUCAUGUCUGAAAGUAGUGAUACUGAUGAAUUUUUUGAUGCCGAGGAUGACAGUACUCAACGAAACACCAGACGUAGUAAGGUUAAGGAAUCAUCACUGUCACUAGAUGACACACAAAAUGAUAAACAAUUAUUAACACCAAUAAAUCAACCAGAUGACAGUGUAUUUUUAAAACCAGCUGAUCCAAAACCAUUGGUAAAAGUAACAAAUCAUGUUGAGCCUGAAAGAAAAUUAUCAUCUGAAAAAUUGCAGGAUGAUGAUGCAAAAUCAGCAAUAUCAAAUAAAAUUGUUAGUAGAAAAAAAUUUCUUGAUCUUCGUCAACGUAUGGAAACUGAAGAUGAUGAUAUACCAAUAAAUAAUUCACCACCAGAUAGUCAAACAUCAUCAGUUGAGGGUAUUUAUGCAGCUCCAUCAAAAACAUCACAUCCAUUUAGAAUAAUUGAACAUGAUACAAUGAGUUUAAUUAGUAUGACAUCAUUAGGAAGAGUUGGUAGAAUACUUGGUGGUAGCAGUGAUGCAGCAUCAGCAAUAAUACCACCAAUAACACCAGUAACUAAAGAAUCACAAAUAUUAAUACCAACAACAAGUACACAAAUUAAAGAUGAUGAUUCAAUAUCAGGUAAAUUAUCACAAUCAUCAAGUGUAUUAACAUUGUCAGGUGAUAUUGUACAAGAUUCAAGUUCAGCUAAUGGUCAAGAUGAUUAUACAUCAAAAUGUGAUAGUAAUGUUAUUUUACAAGAACCUGAUGUUAUUGCAAGUACUAAAAAUAAUAGUAAAACAAUUGAUUGUUGUCAACAAGAUACAACAGCACCUGUAGCACCACCAAGAAGAAAAAAAAAAUCAAAACCACAAACACCAACUGAUCUUGCUCCAACAACUGCAGAAGGAACAAAACCCAUAUUGUUAUUGCCAAGUCCAGCAAGUACAAUUGAAUCAAUAACACGUGAAUUUGAACAUUCAUUAGACAUUAGAUCAGCCACUAAGGGUCAGUACGUCGUUAAGCCCCAGGCAAGUUUUACUAGAAGUAAUUACGUUCUUUACUUCAAGGACGAAAAAAUACCAGUUCAACUAUCACCCUCAAAAGGAUUUUUACUGGCACAUCGAUUUGAUCGGGAUGAUGAUAAAUCAAAAGCACAAGGUCCAUCACUUGAUGAUCUUGAAAGAUUGGAAAGAAUGAAAGCUGAAAUAUUGAAUCUUCGAUCAAGUCAUAAAUCAAGUAGUCCAUAUGGUUCAAUAUCAAGUAAUGGUAUUGGAAGAUAUUCUCUUGGUCCACAAAGAAUACCUGGUAUGAUACCACAUGGUUCACGUGAAAGACGCAAGUCUGCUGGUGAUCAGGAUAUGGUUAAACAAUUGAAUAUGUUUGUAAGAACUAGAACAGACUCAGGAAAACGUUUAACUGAUAUGGAAAUAUUGGAACAAGUGACUGUAUUAAAUCUUGAUACUGGUGAACGAGUACCAUUGAGUAUUGCUGAGGAUAAAUUACCACAGUGUAUGAAUCCAUUGUCUUUACAUAUAAUGCGUUUAACAUCAGAAUAUGCAAGUAAUUCAAGUUUAGAAAAAGAAAAAGAAAGUGAUGAAGAGAGUGUUGAUAGUAAAAUGUCAUCAUUACCACCAGAUGAAGAUGUUGCUGUUGGUCGUGUACGUAAAAAAACUCAAAAAUUUAAACGUUUUCUUGGUUCAACAGUUAAAAAAACAAUGGAUAAAGCAAAAUCAAUUGCAGAAGAAGUAUCACAUGCUCGUCAUAAAGAAGAUGUUAUGGAUAUUGUUGAUGAUGUUUAUCCAGGUGAACCACAAGUUAUUAAAUUAAAAGCAUCAAAUAGUCAUAAAGGACCAUAUGAAUUUUCAUGUUUACAACAUGUACAAGAUUUAAGUGGUGAACAUGUUGGCCCAGUUUGGUGUAUGAAAUUUUCAGCAUGUGGUAGAUUAUUAGCAACUGCUGGACAAGAUCGUGUAUUAAGAAUAUGGAUAUUACGUGAUGCAUUUACAUAUUUUCAAGAUAUGAGAACAAAAUAUAAUGCUGAAAAAGUUAGUCCAACACCAUCACAAGAAUCACUUGUAUCACAACAAUCACUUGAAGAUCCAAAUGUUGCUGCAAGUGCAUUAAGUGAAAUUGAAGGUACAAAAAGUCCAUUUAUGCCAAAACCAUUUUGUAUGUAUACUGGACAUACAUCUGAUUUACUUGAUGUAUCAUGGUCAAAAAAUUAUUUUGUAUUAUCAUCAUCAAUGGAUAAAACAGUUAGAUUAUGGCAUAUAUCAAGAAAAGAAUGUUUAUGCUGUUUUCAACAUAUUGAUUUUGUAACAGCAAUUGUAUUUCAUCCACGUGAUGAUAGAUAUUUUUUAUCUGGUUCAUUAGAUGGUAAAUUAAGACUAUGGAAUAUACCUGAUAAAAAAGUUGCUGUAUGGAAUGAAGUUGAUGGACAAACAAAACUAAUAACAGCUGCAAAUUUUUGUCAAAAUGGUAAAUUUGCUGUUGUUGGAUCUUAUGAUGGACGUUGUAUAUUUUAUAAUACUGAUCAAUUAAAAUAUCAUACACAAAUUGAUGUUAGAUCAACAAGAGGUAAAAAUUCACGUGGUAGAAAAAUAAGUGGUAUUGAACCAAUGCCAGGUGAAGAUAAAAUAUUAGUAACAUCAAAUGAUAGUAGAAUACGUCUUUAUGAUCUCAGGGAUUUAAAUUUAUCAUGCAAAUAUAAAGGCUAUGUUAAUGUUAGUAGUCAGAUUAAAGCAAGUUUUAGUCCAGAUGGACAAUAUAUUGUUGCUGGUUCAGAAAAUCAAUGUAUUUAUAUAUGGAAAACACAUCAUGAUUAUUCAAAAUUUUCAAGUGUAAGACGUGAUCGUAAUGAUUUUUGGGAAGGUAUUAAAGCUCAUAAUGCUGUUGUAACAUGUGCUGUAUUUGCACCAAAUCCAGAUACAAUUAUACGACAAAUUGAAGCACGUGAACAGUGGGAAGGACGUGAUGAUGGUAAAAAUUUUAAAUCUGGUGGUGGUGCAACAGCAAAUCCAGUUGAUCCAGUUGUUGAACAAAGAACAAAAGGUUGUGGUGGUCAUGUUUUAGUCAGUGCUGAUUUUAAUGGUUGCAUUAAAGUUUUUUUAAAUAAAACUAAACCAAAGCACAGUUCACUUCCUGCAUCAGCACUUGCGUAAAGAAAAACUAAUUUUUUUUCUUUUAUUUUAUAUAGUUAAUUUUUUGAUGCAGUUUUUAUUUAUUUUUAUUUAUAUACAUAUAUUUUUUUUUUCUUUUUCAUUGAUUUAUUUAUGAGACUAAAAAAAGCAAGAUGAUUUUUUAUUUUACUUUUCAAGUUUAUUAAAAUUUAAUAGAAUUUUUUUUUGAUGCUGGAAUUAUAAUAAAUGAUAAAUUUAAUUUUAUUAAUUUGUCUAUUCAACUAUUGAAUUAUCGCCUUGUAGAUUUAUUGAACAUUCGAGUCAUUCAACUGUGUCUAUUUACACUACGUCACAUAAAUAAUAGCUUCCACUCCCAAUCACCCAGCAAAACACUUGAAUUAUUCAAGGUUUAUGUUUAAAUUGACAUUGGCCAUUGUGUGUACGUUGUACAAUAAACUGAUGAAAUAAAAAAAAAUAGAAAACAAUAAAACGCACAUUGCUAUUAACAUAAAUUUAUCUCGCUUUCUUCGUCAAACUUUUGUGCAAUCAACACACAUAUUAUGAUGCAGUGACAAAUGCCUUUAUUUACACUUUAACUGCAUUAAAAUAAAUAAAAUAAAUAAAAAAAUAAAUAAUGAUGAAUAAUAUCAGUGUUUUAAUAUCGAUGUUUCAUUCAUUAAUGACUUUUAUAUAUUUGAUCAUGUACAAGUUCGAAAAAAAAAAAAACAAACAAAAGAAUAAAAAAAUUAAUAGAAAUGAAAAAUUGAUGUAUGCCUUUCAAAAGCAAAUGAUUAAUCGACAAUAAGAAUCACCAAUUAAUUUGACAAAAUAAAAUCAAUACCAGCGUGUCCCUAUUUUUUAUUUUUCAUUUUAUAUUAUCAUGUAUACAUUUAUUUAUUUAUAUUUCAUUUUUUUUUUGUGUAGGCCAUAUAGAAAGUAAUUUGACUGUGCGUAUCGUUUGACGUUUGAUAGAUGAAGCUCUAUAAAUUUCAAUAAAGCAAUUGACCUCAAAAAGAACGGGAAAAAAAAGACAUUUAAAAUACUUGAUGAAUAAAUAAUGAAUUUAAAAUUAUUAAUAAUAAAAAAAUACAAAAAAUGUGUACAUUAUUACAAGUACUAUUACUUUGUCAAUUAAUUAAUCGCAGUUUUAUCUGCAUAGUUGGAUUUAUUAUAUCUUAAUAUAUUAUGUAUUUAAAAAUUUUUAAAAUUUAAAAAUUGACUGGAUAAAAAAACAGAGAGAAUAAAUGUAUGGAAAAUGAAUUGAAUUGUCUGCGGAAAAAAAAAAAAAAAAUUUGCAGCAAGUUAAUUGAGAAAUAUUUAAAAAGAACAAACAAUAUUAAUAUCGAACGGUUUUUUAUUAUUUAUAUAAUUUUUUUUUUUUUUUUAGCGCAAGUUUUAUAAAAACAAAGCGAAGAUGUUUUAUUUUUUUUUAAUUUUAUUUUAAAUUAAAAAAAAAACAAGACUUUGAAUUGUAAAGUAUUUGUAUUUCGGAAUCAGGUCAACAAAAUGCAUCUGUUACCAUCGAUUAAUUGACGCUAUAUACAAGUGUAAAACACACCGCGGGUUAUAUCAUUGUAAAUAAGAGAUGGUACUUGAAAGAUU